AGUUUGUCCGUGGCUUCACUAUCUCAUGCAAGCACAGUUUAUUCACUGUGGUGGGCUGGGUAGGAUGACCCACAGGAAAUAAUGGUGACUACACAGAGUCGAAGAUGAUUGCCCAAUUACUCUUCAGAUCAGAUCAGACUCCUCAGUGGAAAUGGUGUUACGGAACGAUGGCCCGGAGGAGCUCGCACCUCCCACUUCGUGCAGUUCUAGAGGGAUGCAAAGCACUAAAGACUAUGUUGAUACACCCAAAGGAACAACUGGAUGGUUUGGCCCAAAUCCUCUCCAGAAAGACAACAUCAUCCAAGUAGACCAGACAGACAACCUGAAGAUCUUCUUGAAGGGGGAGCCCCAAAUACUGGGGGUGACUCAGAUCCUGAUUGGUCUGAUGAAAGUGUGCCUGUUUGUUAUAGGUCUGUGUUUUUAUUCUUCUGACUUUCCCUACUGGUGUUAUCCUCUUACCAUGGUCUCAGGAUAUCCUGUAUGGGGAUCCUUAUUUUUCUUCUUAUCUGGAGCUGUGUCUAUUGCAGCUGGAAGAAAAAUGACAUUGAACCUGAUCAAAGGCAGCCUGGGAGUGAACUUGCUCAGUGCUGUUGCAGGAGUGAUAGGGAUAAUCGUGUUAAUAAUAGAACUGACUGUUCUAUUUGCACCGGAGAAAAAGUGUCUUAUUCUUAGGAUGUUUGAGAUUGUGAUAUUAGUCCUCUCCCUGCUGGAAGUCAGCAUCGCUAUCUCUCUCUCUGUAUUUGGGUGCAAGGUGACCUGCUUUGUCACUCAGGUGGUGAUUAUCCAGUCAACCAAUGACAAGGUGUCUUCAGCAAUAGCCCCCCAUGAACAUAUUUAUGAGGAGCUGGAGUUUGAAUAGAAUAAUUCCUGCUUUUGAAAAUAUUAUUCAUUGUGUAUCUCUUUGCCUGCCAGGAAGUGUUCUCAUCUGUGCACAGGAGCAUAGUUAUUACACAACCAAAUAAAGUGCAU